CUGAACCGUGCUAACUGCAGCUCGCACCCUGCACAUUCCGGAUACAGUUUCCUCCCAAGCGAUCGCGCGGAGCCUCGCUCCAACUGCCGGGGAUGAGCGCCGUGCGCUAAACCUCGAGGGGUAACGUCACUCCCCCUGACAGAUCCGCUUGUCUUCCAUUCCCUACCUCCACAUCGCUUUAGAAGACGACACGAACGCAUCCAUUUUUCAGCGCAAUUUUGAAAUGUUAAUCAAACAAAUUCUGACUCGACCUUUUUUCCCCCCUUCCUUUUUUCGGUGUCCGCGAGGCGUUCUUGGGCGGCUGGGUAUGCACCCUGGCACGAGCGUAUGUAAAUAAAAUAGGAGAAGGUCGCAGAAAGUGGACAGAUUGCAUCGAGGAUGAUUUGUGACAAAGGAGAAAGCAUCAAGCUACAGCGGCUGUAACUUAAGGAAGGGGCUCAUAGCAAAAGCGUGUUUACUCUCGGAUUGAAGAUAUUUGUAAUCAUGCCUGUUCGGAGAGGUCAUGUCGCACCACAAAAUACGUUUCUGGGCAUAAUAAUACGGAAAUUCGAGGGACAAAAUAAGAAAUUCAUAAUAGCCAACGCCAGAGUGCAGAACUGUGCGAUCAUCUACUGCAAUGAUGGCUUUUGCGAGAUGACGGGCUUCUCCAGACCGGACGUCAUGCAGAAGUCGUGCACCUGUGACUUCCUGCAUGGCCAGCACACCAAACGGCACGCUAUCGCCCAGGUGGCCCAGGCUCUUCUGGGAUCCGAGGAGAGGAAGGUGGAGAUCACCUACUACCGCAAAGACGGGUCGGAGUUCCUGUGCAACACUCACAUAAUCCCGGUGAAGAACGAGGAGGGCGUGGUCAUGAUGUUCAUUCUGAAUUUCGACUACGUCCUGGACGAAGGAAGCAGCGACUCUCUGGAGAGGCUCAACCACGCGUCUCCUGCCAAAUCCAACCACAGAAAGGGGAGGUUUUUCCGGUUCCGCCUGCCCGCCCUGAACCUCCUGGGUGCCAGCAAACAGUCCCUCCCCCAGGAGGACCCGGAUGCGGUCAUGGUCGACUCCCCGAAACAGGGCGACCGCUCCGUGGCCCUGGACGACUUCAAAUCGGCCACCAAGGAGAGCUGCAGCCCGUCUGACAUCGACGACACCCGGGCCCUCAUCGGCCCCACCCAGCACCCUGCCCCCACCGACUCCCCGGGACCCCUGGACCAGUCCUCCCCGAAGCGGCAGUGGGACCGGCUGUACCCAGAUCAGCCGCGGUCCACCACAUGCCUGGCCCACACCACCUCCCAGCAGAGCAUUAGCAGCAUGAGGAGGGCCUCCUCCGUCCAGGACAUGGAGGGCUUCAGCUCCAACCCCAAAGCCGUGUUCCGGGACCGGCACGCCAGCGAAGACAAUGGUCGCAAUAUCAAAGGACCAUUCAACCACAUCAAAUCCAGUCUGCUGGGCUCCACCUCUGACUCCAACCUGAACAAGUACAGCACCAUCAACAAGAUCCCGCUCAUCACGCUCAACUUCUCAGAGGCAAACAACGACAAGAAGGCAGCCUCGCCCCCAUCCUCAGAGAAAACCAUCAUCGCACCAAAGGUCAAGGACAGAACGCACAACGUCACAGAAAAAGUCACCCAGGUGCUGUCACUGGGAGCGGACGUCCUGCCGGAAUACAAGCUCCAGACGCCGCGCAUCGACAAGUUCACCAUCCUGCACUACAGCCCGUUCAAGGCGGUGUGGGACUGGCUGAUCCUGCUGCUGGUCAUCUACACGGCCAUCUUCACGCCCUACUCCGCCGCCUUCCUGCUCAACGACCGCGAGGAGCAGAAGAGGCGGGAGUGCGGCUACUCCUGCAGCCCGCUCAACGUGGUGGACCUCAUCGUGGACAUCAUGUUCAUCAUCGACAUCCUCAUCAACUUCCGCACCACCUACGUCAACCUCAACGAGGAGGUGGUCAGCCACCCGGGCAAGAUCGCCAUCCACUACUUCAAGGGCUGGUUCCUCAUCGACAUGGUGGCCGCCAUCCCCUUCGACCUGCUCAUAUUCGGAUCGGGGUCGGACGAAACGACCACUCUGAUUGGACUGCUGAAGACGGCCAGGCUGCUGCGAUUGGUCCGCGUGGCGCGGAAGCUGGACCGAUACUCGGAGUACGGCGCUGCUGUGCUGAUGCUGCUCAUGUGCAUCUUCGCCCUCAUCGCCCACUGGCUGGCCUGCAUAUGGUACGCCAUCGGCAACGUGGAGAAGCCCUACCUGGAGCACAAGAUUGGCUGGCUGGACAACCUGGGCGUGUCCAUCGGGAAGAGGUACAACCACAGCGACCCGUCCUCGGGACCCUCCAUCAAGGACAAGUACGUCACGGCGCUCUACUUCACCUUCAGCAGCCUGACCAGCGUCGGCUUCGGCAACGUCUCACCCAACACCAACUCCGAGAAGAUCUUCUCCAUCUGCGUCAUGCUGAUUGGCUCCCUCAUGUACGCCAGCAUCUUCGGCAACGUGUCGGCCAUCAUCCAGCGGCUGUACUCCGGCACGGCCAGGUACCACCUGCAGAUGUUGAGGGUGAAGGAGUUCAUCCGCUUCCACCAGAUCCCCAACCCCCUGCGGCAGAGGCUGGAGGAGUACUUCCAGCACGCCUGGACCUACACCAAUGGCAUCGACAUGAACAUGGAGGUCCUUAAGGGUUUCCCAGAGUGCCUGCAGGCAGAUAUCUGCCUCCACCUCAACCAGAGCCUGCUGCAGCACUGCAAGGCCUUCCGAGGCGCCAGUAAGGGCUGCCUCCGCGCCCUGGCCAUGCGCUUUAAGACCACCCAUGCCCCUCCCGGGGACACGCUGGUCCACUGCGGGGACGUCCUCACCGCCCUCUACUUCCUGUCCCGCGGGUCCAUCGAGAUCCUGAAGGACGACAUCGUGGUGGCCAUUCUAGGGAAGAACGACAUCUUCGGAGAGAUGAUCCACCUCUACGCCAAGCCGGGAAAGUCCAACGCAGACGUCAGAGCCCUGAGCUACUGCGACCUGCACACCAUCCAGAGGGAGGACAUCCUGGAGGUGCUGGACAUGUACCCCGAGUUUUCCGACCACUUCCUCACCAACCUGGAGCUCACGUUCAACCUCAGAGACGAGAACGCCAAGGCCAGCUACGCCCAAGCCAGCGAUUCGGAUGGGGACGACACGAAGUACAGGAGGAGGUCUUCCCUCAGACGAAAAUCCUCCGCAGGGGGGAAGCCCAAGGAGCCGGAGAGCGAUUCGGAGAAGGAGAAGUGGUCUCACCCCUCCUCGAAACGAGCGUCGGAGGAAAAGAGAGGCUCCGUGGAGGAGUCGCAGAGACCGCUGUGCUCCGCCAUCCUGGGGUACCCCGCCGUGAGGGACCACACCAUGGGCCCUGAGUUUGAGCUCAACAAGGACAUCCGAGCCAGAGAAACCAUAAACCUGAACCUGUCUUCCAAAGACCUGCGGGCUGAGGACUGGGUCUGUGAGAAGCCGCGGGAGCACCCCGACGACUCGGCGCAAUCGCAGGACCUGCAGGCUGUCGACGACAUUGACAGCGACAUCACCUACGGCGAGGUGGAGCACCGCCUCGACCUGCUGCAGGAGCAGAUCAACAGGCUGGAGUCCCAGAUGACCUCUGAUAUCCAGGCCAUCCUGCAGCUGCUUCAGAGACAGUCCACCCUGGGACCCCCUGCAUACAGCACCGUCACAGCCAGCCCAGAGUACCAGAGGCCUGCGGUCAGAGUGCAGCCUGUCUCUGCCAGCUUCAGCAGCCCUGCACCAGCGCAGUGUCCUGAAUUCCUCAGCUUGGAGGAGCCGCACCACAAAUCCAAAGAAUCUCUGGUCCACGCAGACACGGCCUCCGGGGAGACCCCCACGAUCGUGGAUCGGGGUGAAGAGGUGGACCACAGACACAAAGAGAGCCCCACAGUCCCCCCUGAUCCGCCACAGCCCAGACCCCUUGCGCUCCCCAUCCGACACCCCUCCCUUCCGGAAACUUCCCCCAGCAGCGUAGGAAUGUUGGGACUCCAUCGGCCAGCCUCUGAUCCUGGUCUUCCGGAGAAGUAGAGCCUCAUCUCCCUCCCGCUCUUCUGACUGCCUGUCUCCGUCACAAAUUGCAAAUCCUCCUAACUUUGACUCAGGGUCUAGAAGGAUACUGUAACGUCAUAUGCAAGGAAUACUGUAGAAUUUUUUCCCUAUCUUUUGAAAAUCAUUAAGUCAUUGUUCAACAUUUAAAUGUAAAAACGUAUACAUGUAAUAUAUAUACAUAUAUAGAUAUAUAUUUAUUGUGUACAUACUCCGGGUGUUCCACUGCCAGCACCACGAGGCACCUUACAUGCUUGUUCCAGAACAGAGAUGCAUGCUGGAAUGUCUUCUCUGUUGCAUGUUCUAUGCGGUUCAUUUCACAUGCAAUCAGGUGUGAUAUUGGCAUGCUUCCGAGCAAAUUAAUAUCACUGUUAUUAUUGUUUUGUUUGGUUUUUGUACAGGACAAAGAAACUUUGCUAAUGGCACGUUAGUAUUUUAAUGUACAAAAAUUUCAGUGUGCUUUUUCUUUAAAACUCCAGUUAAUUAUACCACUGAGAAAUAUAUUACUUCAAUGGUAGUGCAAAUCUAAGGAGAAGCUGAGUACCGUAUUUAGCCAAUUGACAGGCUUUCAAGCCAGAUGCAAUAUUGUGCCUAAAACUGGAGGUUCAAACAUUCAUACUUACCAUCACCUGGUUACAAACUCAAAGACAACAAAAUCACAAUGUAUUCCAAAGCCUAACUGCAGUAAACAUGAUUAACUCAGAUGUACAUCUUACCAUAAAAGAUGCUAACUUCAUUUUUUCCCUAAAUGUCUGUGCAAACCUAAUCUGUUUGGUGCACAAAGGAUUUUAAAUGCUGACACAUUUCCAAAGCAUCCACUAGCUUUCCAAACCAACUUUGUCUCCAAUCCUCACUUUAAAAUUAAAUGGAACUAAAGAGAAAUUUUUGG